GAGAUCACAUCGCGAUCGCAUCAGCUUAAAACGCGCGCGCGUUGAAAAUAAAAUAAAUUUUAAAACAAACAAAUGAACCUUAAAAAACGUUUAAAGUUAUAAUUUUGAAAAAAAAUAAACAAUAAAAACAUUAGAAAAUCGUUAACAAUCUUGUAAAAAAAAACAAAUCAAAUAUUUAUUUAAAGUGUGUUUAACUUUAACCAAAAGAAAAAAUUAUAUAAAAAAACUAUAUUUGUUUGUAGGAAAAGGAAAACAAACUGUUUGUCAGUUUUUGCCAAAUACUUAAAGAAAAACUUAGUAAAGUGCAUUUAAAAUUCCAUCAAGUGUUAAACGUAUACAAAAAAAAAAAAAAAAAUACAAAUAAAUAAAAAUAAAAUAAGAAAAAAACCAAAAAUGUCUGCUUCUGUAAUAAAAUUCAUUUUAAUGGCUUCUUUAACGGCUGGUGUUUAUUGUUCGUCAACUGAUCGUAAUCCAAAAAAAAGACAAAUCUAUCGAGAACAAGUAUUACCACAUGCUGGAGGACGAAUACCAGAUACGGCAUUUGAGACUGAUCGUCUAUUUUUGAAUCAACUUCAAAAAGAUGGUAUAGCUGUGCCAGAUGGAAUAGUGCCAGAACAACGUAAUCCACAGGUCUAUCCUUUCUUCAAUCGACCUUCACGUAAAGUAUUUCGCAUUGCAUUGAGUUCGGAUGGCCGUUUCACACCGGAAGAAGGACGUUUUCAUAAUCAAGAACUGCCAUCGGUUGAGACCACUUAUUUAUAUCCCCAAAUUCAUGGCCAUAGAGGUACACUAGAACCUCAAACCAUAGAACUGCCAGUUUAUAGUCCAUUUAGAGUACACAAUCCUCUAUUGAAUCAAGUUAAAUUUCAGCCAAAAGAUAAAGCUCAAUUUCGUAAUGUUAACCCUGGUUUUAGUGGCAGCAAAUCGAUUGGCAAUCCCAAAUCCUAUCAAAAUGUUCAACUAUUAAAUACGCCCUUGUCGUCGACAUUCACUUCAAAAACAUCCUCGUAUGGUAAACAUUAUUUACCCAAUUACAGUACGACGAGUUCUUCACAUCUUUUCAAUGAAUUCGAUGAAUUAUUUAACCAGUUUGAAAUCUACGAUGGUGAAAUUAAGAAAACAAAUGCAUUUACAAAUGAUCAUGUGACAGGAGCUGCAGCGUCAGCAGCAACUUAUACCUAUGGCCAUCUUUUCCAUCCACCAACAGAAGAACAUCAUCAUAAGCAAGAAAAACAAGAUUUGAAUAAAAUACCCGGUGUUCCCGGUGUAGACUAUCCUGUCUAUCAUGAAGUACCACACACUUCUUUCUCCUGUGCUCAUGUACCGGCCACACCUGGAAUGUAUGCUAAUGUCGAGACGGGAUGUCAAGCCUAUCAUGUCUGUCACGAUGGACGUGAAGGACAUCAAGGCGCAUCAUUCUUAUGUACCAAUGGUACUAUUUUCAAUCAGAAGGAAUUCGCUUGUGACUGGUGGUACAAUGUAAAGUGUGAGGAGGCAGUCAAUUAUUAUCAUUUAAACGCUGAUCCAGAACACAAUCCUUACACUCCUAAAAAGAAGAUCGUAGAAGAACAACAUUUCGAUCAUCAUGCCCACGCCGAUGCCCAUGGAUUUUUGAUACAUGCUUAAAUUGUGGUAUAUAACGAUGAAAUUUGAAAGUUUUUGUUUUUUUGUUGGUGUCGUUUAUAUUCAUGUUAUCGAAUCAUUACUAUUUAAAUCAUUUCAUCAUUUUAUUUUUGUUGUAAAUAUGUAAAAAGAGUGGUAAUAAAAAAAUAAUAAUUUUGUUCGACAAGUUGUUUUUCAAUAUGUCCUUCAUAACAUGCUCUCAAGAUGUUUGGAUUUAAUUUCGACUAAGGAUUUGUAAUGGCAGAGAUAAUGUUACAAUGUGUUAAUAUUCCCGCCAAAUGCACUGAAUCCUCAGAUUCUACUCCUUAAAAUUUCCGCUAUCC